ACCAAACAUGUAAGAUGGAGUUGAACUUGUGAUAUUAGCUUAGCUAACUCAACUUGUAACCCUUCUUCUUAUGUAAUGAUUCACUCUUCCUCACAGAGAAUCUCAGGAUUCUUUUCAGUGAGCUGAAAGAUAGAUAGAUAGAUAGAUAAUAGACCAAGACACCCUCCACGAAAUGCGGUCAAUUCCUCUUGGAACCUCAGUAUCUCCAACUCCUAUAAACACUCCAAAAAUCUCAUGUUUCAAUAUUAGUUUUAAGAAACCAACCACUUUUCCUUCUUGGGUUUCAUCUCCCUCUCAUGAACAAGGACUAUGCAGAGCCAGUCAAGUUGUUGAUUUAUUCCCAACUACGUCUCCUGAAAUUAUUGUCCGAGAGGCCAGGUUAGAGGACUGUUGGGAAGUGGCAGAGACUCACUGCAGCUCCUUCUUCCCAGAAUAUUCCUUCCCAUUAGAUUUUGUGAUGAGGAUGGACAGAUUGGUGGCAAUGUUAGCGGGAUUCUCUAUACCGAACGGCUGCAAAAGAACAUGUUUGGUUGCUGUUAUUGGCAGCUCUCUUGACGAAACUUUUUUAUUUGGAACUGAAGAUUUCAAGAUUGGUGGCUUUGAUGGGAAAUUGAGCCUCAACAAGGGAUAUGUGGCUGGCAUAUUGACAGUCGAUACCGUUGCGGAUUUUCUUCCUAGAAGGGCACCACUACGACAGAGAAGGACUGGAAUCGCAUACAUAUCAAAUGUGGCGGUAAGGGAAAAAUUUAGGCAAAAGGGAAUAGCUAAACUAUUGGUGGCUAAGGCAGAAUCACAGGCCAGAAGUUGGGGUUGUCGUGCCAUUGCAUUACACUGUGAUUUGAAAAAUCCUGCAGCCACAAAGUUAUAUAAAGGCCAAGGUUUCAAAUGUAUCAAGGUUCCAGAAGGAGCUAACUGGCCUCAACCAAAGACUUCACCGGAUAUUAAUUUCCACUUCAUGAUGAAGCUUCUCAACAAACCAGUUGCUUCUAAAUCUAAUUAGAUGCUAAAUUGGACAGAUUAUCUGUGUUGUAAUACACAACAAAUUUAAGAGGGGAAAAAAGUAAUUACAACUAAGGGGACUGUCUGUUAUUGAAGUGCAUAUUGUAAGUAAACCAAGAAAUUAGAGGAAAAAUCAUUUGAGAACCUUUUAGAUUGCACCAGUAGCAAGCAUUUGUACAGUUACUGGCAUUCACUUUACCCCAGUGCAUGCAGACAAACAGCUUCGUGCAGAAUUGGAGUUAGAAUUGCUGAGAGAUACUAAUUUGUAAAAAAGAGUUGAUUUUUCACAUUUUUUACACCUAUAUUUCACCCUUUUUUUUUCUUAUACCUCUUUCCCAUACCAGGAUUCUCUCAUGUAAGGAUUGACUUUAUCAUAUUAGAAUUUUAUCUCUUAAUAUAAAGAGAGAUAGACACAAUCUCUUAGAUGACCA